CAUGACGGUGACGCGCACUGAGCCGCUCGCCAAAAGGGUUGCAGGCUGCUUCGCUUCAAGACUUACACGAGGAUGGAUGGAGUUUUUGCGUAACGGUCAAGCAAUGGAUUCCCCUGCCCUUUGCCACCUUUUUGACAGUUUGUUAAAUUCCGGAAGACUGACAUAACAUCCGAGGAGUUAUUUGCGAAAUUCCCAAAUCAACGGGCUGUAGACUUGUUUUCAACAAUAAAGAGAGGUUUCACAUCCACGGAGAUUGUGAUACGUAAAAUCGGUUUGAAAUGUCCGACUUCCACAACCGGAGCCAAACCAGCGCGCGUCGCAGUGACUACGUGUGGCAGUAUGAAUAUUAUGACGACGAGGAGCCCGUGUCUUUUGAGGGACUCAAAGCGCACAGAUACUCCAUCGUCAUCGGUUUCUGGGUCGGACUUGCUGUAUUUGUCAUUUUCAUGUUCUUUAUUCUCACCCUGCUCACAAAGACAGGAGCACCACACCAAGAAAACCCAGACUCUGCUGAAAAACGCCAUCGACCAGGGAGCUGUCUCGUAGACAUUGACGGUCCGCAGAACGAAAAUGACAAAGCCUUCUCCCGUCCGCUGUUAGGGGAGUCCCGUUCAUAUUUCCAUUUCUACAUCAACGAGGAAGAUCAGGGUCUGGGGAAGCAAAAACAAGAAGCUGGAAAGCACGCCGGGGCCCAAGCCCAGCAGGGGACCUGCAACGGGGCCAGAGGCAUGCACUCCUCUGGGAUCGACGAGAUGGAAGAGGAUGUUGAGGAAGCUGGGAGACACCAACCUCUCAAGGGACUAAUAGAUGAGCGGAAAACAGACCGAGAAUGUGCCUUCUUCUCCCACUUCAACAUCCCUAACUUUGUGAACUUGGAGCACAGUUCAAUACUUGGAGAGGACGAUCUGCUGUAUGAGCCAUCCGUCAUACUGGAACGCCAGUCUCACAAUGCUCACUGUGAUAUCCACUAAGUCCGUUUCUAUUAAGAGAUCACAGGCACAGGAAUGGUGGUAUCGUAAUAUGACUUACUUUCCCUUCACAGGUACAUGGUUGACCUAACAGGGGUAUAAAUACUCACCUGCCAAACACCUACCUUUUACCAUGUAAAGUGUAUCUGCUUGCGAGUAUUUUUAGCAUUUUAAACAAGCAUACAUUCAGAUAAAUCAACAAGUAAGAGGGAACAAAAGAUGGCACACAAUUCCAUAUCAUGUGCAACUCGCACUUAUAAGAUGACAUUUCUUCCUGAAGAUUGCCUCACAAAGGGUACCAUUUUACUUGGAGUACUGGGCUCCUCUGAAUUGAACGCAGCUGUACUGUACCUGGACUAGAUUGCUUUCCACACAGGAAAAUGAGAAAGGCAGUGGAGUCUCCAGCGGGAGAUGCAUUGUACAAUUAAUUCUGCUAUUAUUGCUGUCUUGUUGUCUUGUGCAAUCCUGGACAGUGGCCAGUAUCUCGCCAAUAGGACUCAAAUGCCAGUUGGUUUACCAACAAUAUCUAUUAGAAAAAGUGAUGUGUACAUUAGCCAUGUAAUUAGUAGCACAAAUUCAAACAUAUCAUUGUUUUUUUUUUCUCUUACAGGUACGUAACCUGAGAAAAUGUUAUAUAAUACUUUUGUAGACAGAGUUCUCUUAGAUUAGAAAUCAUUUUGAAUGUCCAUGUGUUGGUAAUAUCUUCAUUAUUUGGAGAGAUUUGACAGAAGAGCUCGGUCAUAAGACAUACAAACACUGGUGCUGAGCAACGCUGAACUCGCUCUGUGUUUUUAUUCAUGUAGAAAUCUCCUUCGCAGUCAUUACAAAUUAAAUUACUUUGAGCCAUAGCUGGUGAUGAUUAUGCAAUGGAACAUUGCUAGCUGUUAUGGUCACUUAUCAGCAAAUGCCCGCGCUACGUGUAUUUAGCUGGUGGAAGGAUGCACGGGGAAUGCCAGAGAGUCAGUCAACAUUAACGCGACACCGACUCCAUCAAAUCAGUCUUUCAGAUUUUGACAAACCCAUUAAAGCCCUUUUAUUAUUUUCCCGAUGCAUCCGGUAAAAUAAAUGUUCUCAGUCCUCUGCUGAGAUAUUUCAUGUUUGUUGAAAGGCAGGCAAUUGGGAGCAGGCUGAACAAAUGUGAUUAGUAAGUCCCCCAGAACCAUUUGCAGGCUAGAGUUUUGCAGUUUUUCCUAUACCAAGCUCACCAGCAGGGAAAUGUUAUUCUUGAAUUAUUUUUUGUGAAUUAUCAAAUUUUAAAUAAGCAGCAAUUCAGUAUUUUCCAAACAGUGAAAUAUCAUGGCAGCUGUCAUGGGGAAUAGUGUUAGAGAUCAGUUUUAAAACGAAACAGAGCAUUAAAAAGCCAUCCACACUUUCCUUUCUUCAUGCUUUUUUCUUUCAGCACAAAUAUCACUGCAUUUAUGUCUCUGAGCAGAGGAAAGUGUUACUGGUGCUGUUAAUGAUUAAAGUGUUACUUUAGGCCUACUGGGAACAGGUAAUGCUUAGGAUUGUUGUUCAGUCCCACUCCUGAUGGAUGAAAAAACUGCUUCUAAGAACUUAGAAAACAGUCGGGGUGCACUUAGCUCUAAAUUAGGGGCAGCAGAGUUCAGACAGUCAGAGUUGUGUGGGAAGACAGCAGGUGAAUCUCUGAGGUUGUGUAAUGUAAACAUUAAAGGUUCAAUGUGUAACUGUCAGAAAACCUUUAAUUAUUAAUGACACCGGUGGCCGUUAACUGAACUGCAAUCAGCAUCCAGUUGCAUGCGUAGGCUUGAGUGAGAAUCAUCCUGGGUAUUACAUAUACUGGGCUGAGUUCUGAAAUAAACACUGAAUACUGGAAAAUUAAUUACAAUCAUAUUUAGAAUAACAUUACUAUCUGUAAUGUUCCUAUAUUUUAUUUGGACCUUUGGCUCCAUGAUACUGACUAGCCUGCAGUUUGCAAAUCACCCCAUCAGCACAACACCAAAAAGCAACGCCAGAUCCACACCAUGACACACACUCAAUCCCCAACCAGCUGGCCAAACCCAGCUUAGUUUAGGUUACAGUUAGCUAGUGGCCACCCCUGUCUUGCAUCACUCUUGACAAGUAGAAAGCAAUGGUUAUAGACAGAGGUUAAAUUGGGGCAGGGCUCAGCCUGGACAGCCCCGGCAACCUACGACAGAAAUACACUCUUCAGCGACAGAAAAGGAUGUGCAGGGAUUGGAUUAAGUGCAGCGAACCAACAAGCGGUGCAAUCGCCCCACAAAGAGACCUGGGAUAAGAGCUAAAUUAACGCAGCUUGGACCUAAGAAAACAAACGAGACAGAUGCGUAGUCUGCCCACUUUGAUUACGCUAACGCCAAGCCUGCCAAUCUACCAUGCUGAGAUUCAUCAUCAAGUAGACCUCCUGUGUCUUCAGGAUUUUCUUUUCUGAUGAGUACAUUACCCUCAAAUAAGCUGAAAGACUGGUGUGAGAGGAGACCUGUGGGAAGUACUGCAGAAAGGGUCCAUUAACAGUUUUCACCACGUGAAAUGGGUCAUUCCCUCAUUUGUGAAUGGCAAAACUUCAAAAUAAAACCAAUUACACAUUGUUGGAGGUGGUUGCUGUGGUGAACGAUGAAGCAGGGAACAGCAGUGAAUCACAGUCUUGUACAAUGUCAAAGCUGAUAGGGUCAUUUAUGGAAAACAAAUUAAAGAGA